AUGCUAUUGUUAGCUCGAAACCACUCUCUCUCAAAGCUAAAACCCCUCCUUUCUCUCUCUCUGAUUUCCCAUUCUUUCACAACCCAAACCCCAUAUUCUCAUUUCACUUCAAUCCCAAAACCCCAUUUCCAAAACCCCACAAAUUCUCAACCUUUACCAUUCUCAACCAUCUUCUUCAAACCCUUCUCUUCAUCUAAAUCGUUACCCUUGAACCGUGAAGGGAAUUACGAUGAAGCCACUACCCAAGCUCACCUCGUCUGCCCUGGUUGUGGCGUUCACAUGCAGGACUCCGACCCUAAAAACCCUGGCUUCUUCCUCAAACCCUCGAAAAAGGAUCCAAGGACUUAUCGAUUGGGUGCCCAUCUAGAGCAUGUUGCGCACGAGCCAGAAUUCAACAAUUCCCUCAAAAGGGGUCUCAUAAUCGACCCCGAAAACUUGAGCUCUGAAUCCAAUUUGGUCGAACUCAAGCCGGAGAAACCGGUGGUCUGUGCACGGUGCCACUCUCUGAGGCAUUACGGUAAAGUGAAGGAUCCAACGGUGGAGAACUUGCUUCCCGAUUUUGAUUUUGAUCAUACGGUUGGGAGGAAGUUGGCAUUAGCCUCUGGGACCCGAUCAGUGGUGCUAAUGGUGGUGGACGCUGCAGACUUUGAUGGGUCGUUUCCCAAAAAGGUUGCCAAGUUGGUUUCGGAUACAAUCGAGGAGCAUUCAGCAGCUUGGAAACAGGGAAAGUCAGGGAAUGUGCCAAGAGUGGUGCUUGUGGUAACAAAGAUUGAUCUUUUGCCAAGUUCAUUGUCACCAACAAGGUUAGAGCAUUGGGUUAGGACAAGAGCAAGGGAGGGCGGAGCCAAUAAGUUAACGAGUGUACAUUUGGUGAGUGCUGUUAGGGAUUGGGGGUUGAAAAAUCUUGUUGAUGAUGUUGUUAGCUUGGCAGGACCAAGAGGGAAUGUGUGGGCAAUAGGCGCACAGAAUGCAGGGAAGAGUACGUUGAUAAAUGCAAUUGGGAAGCAUGUUGGUGGGAAGAUUACGCAUCUGACAGAAGCGCCCGUGCCCGGAACAACAUUGGGAAUUGUUAGAGUGGAAGGUGUACUUCCUGGUCAUACCAAGUUGUUUGAUACGCCGGGGCUUUUGAAUCCUCAUCAGAUUACAACCAGAUUGACAAGAGAAGAACAGAGUCUUGUAAACAUUAGCAAGGAAUUGAAACCAAGGACAUACAGGAUCAAGGAUGGUUAUUCAGUUCAUAUUGCUGGGCUUAUGAGGCUGGAUAUAGAAGAAUCAUCAGUAGAUACUGUUUAUGUUACAGCAUGGGCAUCUCCUUAUCUUCCAUUACACAUGGGAAAAACCGAAAAUGCAUGCACAAUGGUAGAGGAACAUUUUGGUCGUCAAUUACAGCCACCAAUUGGAGAGACUAGAGUCAAGGAGCUUGGGAGGUGGGUGAGAAAGGAAUUUCACAUCAGUGGAAACAGUUGGGAUUCAAGUUCGGUGGAUAUUGCUGCUGCAGGUCUUGGUUGGUUUGCUGUUGGACUUAAAGGAGAGGCAGUUUUGAGUGUUUGGACGUAUGAUGGUAUUGACGUUGUUCUUCGCAAUGCAUUGCUUCCUAAUAGAUCAUACGUUUUUGAAGUUGCUGGUUUUACAGUCUCUAAAAUUGUCUCUAAGGCUGACCAAGCUUCAAAUAAGCCACACCACCGAAGUGAGAAGAAGAGGAAACAAAGUGACCAAAAGGAAUCUGUUGCUUGCUGA